CCCCUCCCUUGCCCUCCCCUCCCCUCCCCCCCGCCCUCCGCCCUCCGCCCCGGCCGGCUCGCCCCGCCCCGCGCAGGACGGAAACCGAAAGUGCGCGGCGCCAGGGACAGGACGCGGCCCGGCCCAAUGCCGUGUCUGGGAGAUAACCAGUAACUCCCGAGCUGGGCAGAUUUCCAGAUAACGGAGCGUGAAGGCGGAGGGGUCUGUCCGCUCAGACAUGGAGGACAGAAGACCUUGUCCAGAGGCCAGACCCAGGAACCCCCAUGCUAAUCCCAGAGGGCCUGUGGAUGGAGAAUUACCACGAGGUAGAAAUCAAGCCAAUAACCCCGCCAAUGCUUUCCGAGGCGCCCACCAGCCGGGGAGGCAUCCUCGGGCCAGUAACCACCCCGUUCCUUGCCGGCAAAGGGAGGAGAGGUUUGCAGCCAUGGGCCGGAAUCCGCACCAGGGACGGAGGAACCAUGAGGGACAUGCCAACGACGAGCCGCGAGGCCAGAGGCGUGGUCAAGAGAACGACACCAGGCGGAGAACUGGCAACCAAGAGGGGAGGAACCGCAGGCCACCGUGGUCUGAGGAAAACUUCCAGCCGUGGCGGACCCCCCACCAGAAGCCUCCCGAGCAGCCGCAGCAGAUGAAGAAGCUGGGCUACAAGUUCCUCGAGAGUCUCCUGCAGAAAGACCCGUCGGAGGUGGUCAUCACGCUGGCCACGAGCUCCGGGCUGAAGGAGCUCCUGUCUCAUACCUUCAUGAAGUCCAACUUCCUUGAGCUCAUCUGCCAGGUUCUUCGCAAGGCUUGCAGCUCCAAAAUGGACCGCCGGAGCGUGCUGCACGUCCUGGGCUUGCUGAAGAACUCCAAAUUCCUCAAAGUUUGCCUGCCAGCAUAUGUGGUAGCCAUGAUCACCGAGCCCGUCCCCGAGAUUCGAAACCAGUACCCGGAACAUAUCGGCAACAUCAUCUCCCUCCUGCAGGACCUGGUGAGCGUCUUUCCCGCCAGCUCCGUGCAGGAGACCUCCAUGCUCAUCUCCCUCCUGCCGGCGUCGCUUAAUGCCUUGAGAGCCUCUGGCGUGGACAUAGAGGAGGAGACAGAGAAGAACCUGGAGAAAGUACAGACCAUCAUUGAGCACUUGCAGGAGAAGAGGCGAGAGGGCACGUUGAAAAUAGACACGUACACGCUGGUGCAGCCGGAGGCAGAGGACCAGGUGGAGAACUACCGGACCAUACCCAUCUACCCUACCUACAACGAGGUCCACCUGGAUGAGAGGCCGUUCCUCCGCCCGAACAUCAUUUCUGGGAAGUACGACAGCACCGCCAUCUAUCUGGAUACCCACUUCCGACUUCUGCGGGAAGAUUUUGUCAGACCGCUGCGAGAAGGCAUUUUGGAACUUCUCCAGAGUUUCGAAGACCAAGGCCUGAGAAAGAGAAAGUUUGAUGAUAUCCGAAUCUACUUUGACACCAGGAUUAUUACCCCUGUUUGCUCCUCAUCUGGCAUCGUCUACAAGGUGCAGUUUGACACGAAACCACUGAAGUAUGUUCGCUGGCAGAAUUCCAAGCGACUGCUCUACGGGUCCUUAGUGUGCAUGUCCAAGGACAAUUUUGAGACGUUUCUUUUUGCCACGGUGUCUAACCGGGAACAGGAAGAUCUCUGCCGGGGAAUUGUUCAGCUCUGCUUCAACGAGCAGAGCCAGCAGCUCCUAGCAGACGUCCAGCCCUCCGACUCUUUCCUCAUGGUGGAGACCACCGCGUACUUUGAGGCUUACAGGCAUGUCCUCGAAGGGCUCCAGGAGGUCCAGGAGGAAGACGUCCCCUUCCAAAGGAACAUUGUGGAUUGUGAUUCGCAGGUGAAGGAGCCGCGGUACUUGCUAAUGGGGGGUCGAUACGAUUUCACCCCCUUGAUCAAGACCCCGUCUGCCUAUGGGGAGUCUCUGAGGAGUGCAGAGAACCUAAGAUACUCCAGAGUGAAUGUCUUGGACCCCAACCAGUGGCCUUCUAAAGAGACCCUGAAACUGGAUGACUCCCAGAUGGAAGCCUUGCAGUUUGCUCUCACCAGGGAACUGGCUAUUAUUCAAGGACCACCUGGGACAGGCAAGACUUAUGUGGGUCUCAAAAUUGUUCAGGCCCUUCUAACCAAUGAACCUGUUUGGCAAAUUAGCCGCCAGAAGUUCCCCAUCUUGGUCGUGUGCUAUACUAAUCAUGCUUUGGACCAGUUUUUAGAAGGCAUCUACAAGUGUCUAAAGACCAGCGUCACGCGGGUCGGUGGAAGGAGCCACAGACUCCGCCACGCUCCACUUUGCUUCACAGGCAUCUGCAGGUGUCAGAAGACCAGCAUCGUCCGGGUGGGCGGCAGGAGCAACAGCGAGGUCCUGAAGCAGUUCACGCUGCGGGAGCUGAGGAACAAGCGGGAGUUCCGGCGCAACCUCCCCAUGCACCUGCGCAGGGCCUACAUGAGUAUCAUGACGGAGAUGAAGGAAUCCGAGCAGGAGCUGCAUGAAGGGGCCCAGACGCUGGAGUGUACCAUGCGCGGGGUGCUACGAGAACAGCACCUCGAGAAGUACAUCUCGCCGCAGCACUGGAACAGCCUCAUCAGCGGACCCGUCCAGGAUGGUGACUGGGUCUGCUACCAGGGCUGGAAGCACUCUCCUUCCAUGAUGCUGGAGUGGCUGGGCCUGGGAGUCAGCACGUUCACCCAGAGCGUUGCUCCCGGAGGGCCUGAGAACACAGCCCAGGCAGAAGGGGAGGAGGAGGAGGAAGAAGGGGAAGAGGAGGGCUCGCUGAUCGAGAUCGCAGAGGAGGCUGACCUGAUCCAAGCAGACCGGGUGAUCGAGGAGGAGGAGGAGGUGCGGCCCCGGCGGCGGAAGAAGGAAGAGAACGGGGCCGUGCAAGAGCUGGCGAAACUGCUGCUGGCCAUGCGGCUGGACAACUACGGCCCGGGAGCAGCCGCCGGGCAGGAGCAGGCCGCAGGAGAGUGGGAGAUGCAGCGCAGCCAGAAGAAGAAGAUGAAGAGCAAAGUCAAGGUUGAGCUUCGCAAGCUGAACACCAUGACCGAGGCAGAGGCCAAUGAGAUCCAGGAUGUCUGGCAGCUGGACCUGAAUUCCCGGUGGCAGCUUUACAGGCUGUGGCUCCAGAUGUACCAGGCUGACACGCGCCGGAAGAUCCUCAACUACGAGCGCCAGUACCACACCGCGGCCGAGAGAAUGGCCGAGCUGAGGCUGCAGGAAGACCUGCACAUCCUAAAGGAUGCCCAAGUCGUGGGAAUGACAACCACAGGUGCCGCCAAGUACCGCCAGAUCCUGCAGAAGGUGGAGCCUCGCAUCGUCAUCGUGGAAGAGGCUGCGGAAGUGCUGGAGGCCCACACCAUCGCCACGCUGAGCAAGGCCUGCCAGCACCUCAUUCUCAUCGGGGACCACCAGCAGCUGCGCCCGAGUGCCAACGUGUAUGACCUGGCUAAGAACUUCAACCUCGAGGUGUCCCUCUUCGAACGGCUGGUGAAAGCCAACAUUCCCUUUGUCCGUCUGAAUUACCAGCACCGCAUGUGCCCCGAGAUUGCUCGGCUCUUGACCCCCCACAUUUACCAGGACCUGGAGAAUCACCCCUCAGUCCUGAAGUACGAGAAGAUUAAGGGCGUCUCUUCCAAUCUUUUCUUUGUGGAGCAUAACUUUCCCGAACAGGAAAUCCAGGAAGGCAAAAGCCACCAGAACCAGCACGAGGCUCGCUUUGUCGUGGAGCUGUGCAAGUACUUCCUGUGCCAGGAAUACCUCCCCUCCCAGAUCACCAUCCUCACCACCUACACCGGGCAGCUCUUCUGCCUGCGCAAGCUCAUGCCCGCGAAGACCUUUGCCGGCGUCAAGGUACACGUAGUGGACAAAUACCAGGGGGAAGAGAAUGACAUCAUUCUCCUGUCGCUGGUGCGGAGUAACCAGGAGGGCAAGGUGGGUUUUCUUCAGAUCCCCAACCGCAUCUGCGUGGCCUUGUCCCGGGCCAAGAAGGGCAUGUACUGCAUCGGGAACAUGCAGAUGCUGGCCAGGGUGCCCUUGUGGAGCAGGAUCAUCCACACCCUCCGCGAGAGCGCCCAGAUCGGCCCCAGCCUCAGGCUGUGCUGCCAGAACCACCCCGAGACCCACACCUCUGUGUCCAAGGCGUCCGACUUCCAGAAAGUGCCCGAAGGCGGCUGUAGCCUGCCCUGUGAGUUCCGACUGAGCUGUGGGCAUGUCUGCACGCGGGCCUGCCACCCCUACGACUCCUUACACAAGGAGUUCCAGUGCAUGAAGCCAUGCCAGAAAAUCAUUUGCCCAGAUGGGCACCGGUGUCCCCGUGUUUGCUUCCAGGAGUGUCAGCCUUGCCAGGUCAAAGUACCCAAAGUCAUUUCUCGGUGCGGCCAUGAACAGAUGGUGCCGUGUUCCAUGCCCGAGUCGAAGUUCUGCUGCCAGGAGCCUUGCCCCAAAGUCCUCAAAUGCGGGCACGACUGCAGUCACCUUUGUGGCGAGGAGUGCGUGCGUCUGUGCUCGGUCAAGGUCUCCGUGAAGCUCAAGUGCGGGCACAGCCAGCAGGUGAAGUGUGGCAACGUGGAGGACCUCAUGUACGACCUGCCUGUGGAGUGCACCACCAAGUGUGACACGGUCUUGGCCUGCGGGCACCCUUGUCCCGGCACCUGCCACAGUUGCUUCGAAGGGCGCUUCCAUCAGCGCUGCCAGCAACCCUGCAAGCGCCUGCUCAUCUGCUCCCACAAGUGCCAGGAGCCCUGCAUCGGGGAGUGCCCGCCCUGCCAGCGCACCUGUCAGAACCGCUGCAUCCACAGCCAGUGCAAGAAGAAGUGCGGGGAGCUGUGCAGCCCCUGCGUGGAGCCCUGCGUCUGGCGCUGCCAGCACUACGAGUGCACCAAGCUCUGCUCGGAGCCCUGCAACCGGCCCCCGUGCUACGUGCCUUGUACCCAGAUGCUGGCCUGUGGCCACCCCUGCAUCGGGCUGUGCGGAGAGCCGUGCCCCAGCAAGUGCCGGGUGUGCCACCGGGAGGAGGUCACCCAGAUCUUCUUUGGCUCUGAGGACGAGCCGGACGCCCGCUUUGUGCAGCUGGAGGACUGUAACCACAUCUUUGAGGUGCAGUCGCUGGACCGCUACAUGAUCGAGCAGGAGGACGAUGAAGUGGCCAUCAAGUUAAAGGUCUGUCCUGUCUGCCAGGUGCCCAUCCGCAAAAACCUGAGGUACGGGACCAGCAUCAAGAAGCGCCUGGAAGAGAUUGAGAUUGUCAAGAAGAAGAUCCAGGGCUCAGCCGGAGACAUCGGCGACCGCCAGGAGCAGCUGAAGGGCAUGCUGGAGAAGAAGAGCCUCCUCUACCAGCUGCGCCAGGACGACUUCGAGAUGUUGGAGGAGAAGCUGGCUCAGAAGAACCUGUCCGUGAGGGACCUGGGCCUCGUGGAGAACUACAUCCGCUUCUACGACCACCUGGCUAGCUUGAGGGACUCUCUGAAAAAGUUCCAUGUGGUGGAAAAGUGGGGAGUGGAGAUGCGCCUGGAUCAGGUUCACGAGUGGAUUGCCAGGAAGCGGCUGAGCUUCAGCAGCCAGGAGCUGGACGACCUGCAGUGCGAGCUGCAGAGACUCACGUACCUGGUGAACCUCCUGACGCGCUGCAAGAUGGCCGAGGGCAAGAUGAGAGGCAGCACGUUCGAGGAGGUGCUCAGCGUGCGGCGCAUCCUGGAGAAAACCUGUAAGUUCACCCAGGAGGACGAGCAGCUCGUGCAGAAGAAGAUGGACGCGCUGAAAGCCUCCCUGCCCUGCUCUGGCCUGGGCAUCUCCGACGAAGAGCGGGUGCAGAUCGUCAAAGCCAUGGGCUUCCCGCAGGGCCACUGGUUCAAGUGCCCCAACGGCCACAUCUACGUGAUUAGCGAGUGUGGGGGCGCCACGCAGAGGGGCAAGUGCCCCGAGUGUAACGAGGUGAUUGGCGGCGUGAAUCACACACUCGAGAGCAGCAACCAGCUCGCUUCGGAGAUGGACGGAGCCCGGCACCCCGCAUGGUCCGACACGGCCAACAACCUGAUGAACUUCGAAGAGCUCCAGAGGAUGCUCUAGGAGGCGGCGCCCGCGGCCCUCCGCCCCGGCCACCCCGGCCACCCCGGCCACCCCGGUCGGCGCAGGCGGCUGCCUGGAGAAACGGAAGAUGGCUUUUUUCUAUUGUCUUUUAAUCGUAGCACCUAUUUAAGGAUCCACUUCUAGGGCUUGCCCACGUUUCUAGGUUUACCCCUGCGCUAGAAUAAGCACUUUACCUCCAGAACUGAGAGCAGAAUUAACAUUUCUCCUCUUUCUCUCUCUUGCAAGUUAGUGGACAGACUCCCUGGAGCAUAUCUGAGCUCCGCCUAGGGCUCUCCAGUGGUAUUUCUGGGUCUGACUCGAUCUCUUCCUGCAGCACGAAGGGCCAGAGUAUGAGUUCGGUUAUUAGGCUCAUGCUAACUCCCAGGCCGUCCAUAACUUGCAGACUAACUUCUAAUGACAGAGACCCAGAAUUACGAACUGUUUAUCCUUCCAUGGAGCACAAGAAUCCUGCCUGCCUUCCUCCUCGGCGGCAGUGACGCAGCAGACCCUUGACUGACACUGGCCCAGUCACAUCUUCACCGGGGGCUGGAGGGCUGAACACAAGUCUGCAGCCGGGGCCCUGUGCAGUCGGCCCGGGGAAGCAGGAGCGGGCCCUGUGCCCUUCCCGUGACCACUUUGGGGUGGUGAUCUCUGUGCCUGCAGUAGCAGUGCUGGUUCCCAGGGGACCCCAGUGGAACGGAACUGACAUCUGUCACCAGUAGCACCUCUCCAAGUCUCGACACCCGCCGCUGCAGGGUUAGCAUGAGAGCAGCUUCUGCAGGCCCCGCCCCACGCCAGCAGCCAGCCCCGCAGGCCUGCUGUCUGCCUACACAUUCUCGGUCCAGUGUUCCCUAGGACAGACACUUAGGCAUCUCAGGUCUUUCUAAUGUUGGCAAGAAAAACGCCCCUUUCCUAUGUAUGCAUUUCCUUUUUUGUCUUUACUAUGCACUUUAGCCUCUGAAGCCAAUUAAUAAAAACAAUGAUUGAGAAAA